UUUCGUUCUCUGUUUGCCUGCACCAACACCCAGGUGACUGUAAAAUAUUGCUAUUCACACCUUGAUAUUCUAUUGGUCCGCUGAGCUGUGAUAAGGUAGAGGGACGUGCCCUAUGCACACCCUUUGCUGUUUAGGCUACUUCGUAUACCUGUAAAUGUGUCUCUCACCUUGUGGAGGUCCUCGCUCAGGUACCUCCAAAUGUUUACCUUGAAGACAAAAUAAACUUCUGCACAUGAGAAAAGGCCUUGUCUUAAAAUGUUGCCCACUCUGUUAUCCUUUACCGUAGGGUGCCAUGGCACAGGACGGUCCAGCAAGUUUAUAUUCUUUAUGUUUGUUUUUGGAACGAUGCUGUUCUGUGCUGGGUUUGUGCUUUCUAUCUUUGGUUUCCAGACAUGCCAGAUGAACACCUUCUACACCUGCAGCAUGACAUUUAAAGUGAUGGGACCCGCACUCUCCGUGAUUGGCUUGGGAUUGGUCUUGCUGGCCAGGUCGAAAGCCAGGCUGGAGCAAAGAAGGAGAGAAUUAGAAGGAAACCAAACUGAUCCGGACAGCUUCUUCCUCUGCGGUGAAAGUCGUCAGUUUAUCCAGUUUCUCAUAUUUGGAUUUCUGUUCGUGACCAGUGGAAUACUUAUAAGCGUGUUAGGGGUGUGGAUACCUGGCUGUAACAUAACAUCCCCAAACGUUAAUGGAACGGAAAUAAGUUCCAGGAGCUGUGGAUUUCUUUCCCUGCAAAUUAUGGGACCCCUGGUUGUCCUCAUUGGGUUGUGUUUCUUUGCUGUUGCUCAUAUUAAGAAAAAACACCAUCUCGCUGACAGUAAUGACUCUAUUGAUGAUGAUGAUGAUAUCCAGGCUCCCACUGAUGAGCCAUUUCACAUAACUGUAGGUGAUACAGUCAUAGUCUUCCCACCACCACCACCCCCAUAUUUUGCAGGAACUUCGUCAGCUACUCCGAGGCAGGGGUGCGGUACAACGCCUAUGAAUGAAAAUCCACCUUCUUAUAGCAGUAUUUUCUUUCGAAGAACUCCUCAUGAAGGUCGCAGUAGUGUUCGAGAAACUAUAUACACUAUUCCUCUACCUAGUCAUUCUGCGGAUUCCAAUGCAUUUUGUCCAUUGGACCCACCACCAAAGUAUGAAGAAAAAGAUCCUUCGAAGCCUGAUAAUGAAGAACCUUCAUCCUCUGAGCCAGAUGCACCAUCACAGGGUUCUUCUCAUAUAGGCCAAAUAGACUAACUGAAUAACAAUUCCAUUUUGAAUGUGUGGUUUUUAUUUGAUUCAAGUCGAGUGGUUGGACUUUCCUGGAAUUUUUUUCUUUGCCUCUAAGGUAUUAUGACAUU